CGGACCUUGUGGAGGAGAGAGUGUCCUUCAUGGCCACAGUGUGGCACAACAUGUUGCUACAUCGUCUCGAGCGCUUCGACUACUCAUGGGUGUACGAGUACGGGUCCCUGGACUUCAGUAUGGCCCAACCGGGUAUCAAACCACAGUGGCAGUCGCUCUACUACCCGCUCACCGACGUGGUGUGGGCGGCCGUCCUGCUGGCGCUGCUGCUCACCCCUGUGGUCCUGCUGCUGAUUAUUCGUGUGGGUGAGCAGAGGCAGAGUGCGAACACGAUACCAGCGGGCGUGGUGGUGCAGGACGUGGCAGGGAUGCUGGUAGGCCAGAACCUGCCACGACGGCUGCCCAGGACCAGCUCCAGCCGUAUAUUGGUAGCGACGUGGCUUUUCUUCGCCGUCAUCAUGGGAUCUGCCUACUGUGGCAAUCUUACCGCCUCUCUCACGCUGCCUAAGUUCCCACCCCGAGCAGAGACGGUCGAACAGCUAGUCACUACUGCAGAAAGGAUAACAAUGCCACCACCAGGAGGAGAGUUCAAGAAAUUUUUCCUCCAGUCAGAUUCACCGAUAUAUAAGAAACUAGGCGAACUGAUGUACGUCAUCCCGACAGUAGACAUCGGACAACAAGAGGCCAUUGAGAGGAAGCAAGCGCACUUGGAGAAUCGUCGCUACCAGCAGCUCAACAUAGCGAGGAAGUAUACCCAGGCUGACAGGACCGCCAUGUUGUAUAUUGGCCGUGAGAGUUUACUGACCGGUCAGGCUGGGUGGCCAAUCCCGCACGAUGCUCCCUACAGACCCGUCUUGGACCGCUCCCUCAUGGCUAUCAUUGAGGCUGGACUGUACGAGAAGUGGAACAGAGAUCUGUUGUUCCAAGCUCAACUGGAGGCCCACCAGAGGCUGCAGCAGGAGGGAGCUGAAGAGACAGACUCGGACAACAAGGACAGGUCUCUCACCAUCACACACCUGCAGGGGGCCUUCAUGCUCCUUCUUCUGGGUCUCUGCCUCGCUGGACUCACCUUUGUCGUGGAGUUUUUCUCUGUGUUAACCUCUCCCCCCCUUAAUAUAUAAACAGUACUAAUUUAACACUACUUUUUACCUAUACAGUAAUUCAAUAUUAGCAUUACUCUGCCUUACACCAGCUCCCGUAAAGUAUCACCAAGUAUAACUUGACCAAAACAUUAGUUUUCAUUAAUAUUUAUUAUUUUAAUGUAUUGCUAAUUCACCCCCAACUGGUUUUCCCAUGUAUUAGUCUAUUUAAUAACCAACGUCAACAUUAGUUUACCUUAACAUUAGGUCACCCAGCAUUGGUGUGCCAAAACUAUCGUUUACCCCAGUAUAUGCCAGCAACUGUUUCCCAUGGUGACCUAACCAUUACUUCACCUUCACAAAUCCUUCACUCCCUAACUUACUUGGCAUCUUUAUUUUUGUUCACAGUUAAGAAUUAUGAUCGACUAUAUAUAGCAAGGCAAUUUCUCCUCACUACAGCACACGCGGUCACUAUGAUAGUGUGCAGGACACGAAGGUUAAGUAAGACAUCCUGUUGGAGACAAGAGAUCACAAAGGUCAUAGCCUGAUGUUAAUAGGUUUCAUUUUGUUUUUGUCAAUCCAUAGUUGUUAUUAUGUUAUGUUCAGUGCAGCGGUCGUCCUCACCGGCCACAUGAACAACAAUUACUUCCUGCAUGUUUUUCAUAAUUUAAUUUUUCUAUUUACAGUAUCAUUUUUCCCACCUUAAAAGACAUGAAUGGUUUAUUUACUGUAAUUUCAUAGGAUAAUGAGAUGAUUCUAGGAAUUUUAUAGACCGUUCGAGGAUUUUAGAGAUCUUCCGGGAUUUUAUAAACAAUUCAGGGGAUUUUAAACUGCAUUCAGGUAUUUUAGAGACCAUUCGGCUAAUUUAGAGACCUUUCAUGAGCGGUUUCCAUCGUUGUUUGGAACUAAGUAGAAAUAUACCAACAUGGUACUAUGUAUACUAUCAAGGCGAGAUAUAUAAUAUUCUAGUAAGAGAAUGAAAUAAUGCAGAGGGAAAUAAAGAACAGUAGAAUAUAUAGAUUAACUGGCCUGAGCUGGUGUGGCUGAAUCUCACAAGCUCUCAUAAAAAUACGAAGAAUACUUGAUGUAUCUUGGAUUGUACCGUACAUGAGGUAAUGAUAUGUGAAGGUUUUUCCAUUAGGCAAAGAGCCAGACCAGCCCUUUUCAUUCAUAAAACAGUAAAUCAAUCCUAAUUAUAACGUGAUCAAAGCCUCUGCGUAUCAGCUCCUGGUAAAAACUUUGUGAAAAGCUAUAAAAUGUUGCUUUCCUUAAGUAUUUAGAAGAAUUCAUCAUCUCUAUUCUUAGGUUUCACCCUUAUUGCGUUAAAUCCUGAAUGUAAUAUAAUACUUAUUACUGUUAUUUGUUAUAUAUGCAGCACCUCAAGUCUCACCUGGAUAUGAACACUGUCUACCAACUUCAGGACAGAAACAAGAGUCGCAUCACUAUGGUAGAGUGUUAUAUAAAAUUACGUCAUUAUAUAGAUAUUAAGUACUUAUGCAAGAUCUGUAUAGUUUUAAGAGACUCUAAUAUUCCUAGUUCUGGGAACCAA